AUGAAGAGUACAAGAAUGGAGCAUUUGCUAAGUCUUGUAAUAUGCACACUGCUAUUAUUAAAAUCAGCUGAAGGGGUUGCUGUGCCAAUCACUUAUGUUCAAAGUGCAGUACCAAAAGGAGCUGUUUGUUUGGAUGGGAGUCCACCAGCUUACCACUUUGAUAAGGGAUUUGAAGGUGGAAUUGAUAACUGGAUUGUUCACUUCGAGGGAGGAGGAUGGUGUAAUAAUGCCUCUACUUGCAUGGACAAAAGGGACACUCGAUUAGGAUCGUCGAAGAAAAUGGACACAACACUUUCCUUUUCGGGAUUUUUUAGUAAUGGAAAAAAGUUUAAUCCAGAUUUCUACAAUUGGAACAGAAUCAAGGUUAGGUAUUGUGACGGUUCAUCAUUUACCGGUGAUGUUGAAGCUGUUGAUCCAGCAACCAAUUUGCAUUACAGAGGAGGAAGAAUAUUUGUAGCUGUCAUUGAGGAUUUACUAGCAAAAGGAAUGAAAAAUGCUAAAAAUGCAAUUCUAUCUGGAUGUUCUGCUGGAGGAUUGACUUCUAUUUUACAAUGUGAUCGGUUUAGAACUUUACUUCCUGCAGCAGCUAAAGUUAAAUGUGUCUCAGAUGCUGGUUAUUUUAUCAAUGCAAAGGCCGUCUCUGGAGCACAACACAUCGAACAAUUCUACAGCCAAGUUGUUCAAACACAUGCUGCAGCAAAGAAUUUGCCUUCAUCUUGCACUUCAAGACUUCCGCCAGGGCUGUGUUUUUUCCCACAAAACGUGGUCGCACAAAUCACAACACCAAUCUUCUUUGUAAAUGCAGCCUAUGACUCAUGGCAGAUUAAGAAUAUUUUGGCACCCGGCGUUGCUGAUCCCCACGGCACUUGGCGUAGCUGCAAGCUUGAUAUAAAAGAUUGCUCUCCUAAUCAAUUAACCACAAUGCAAGGUUUCAGGACAGAAUUCUUAAAGGCAAUUAGCGUGGUUAGUAAUUCUCCAUCUAAAGGAAUGUUUAUCGACGGUUGCUAUUCCCACUGCCAAACUGGAAUACAGGAAACAUGGAUGAGAAAUGACUCUCCACUCCUUGCCAAUACAACAAUAGCAAAGGCUGUGGGAGAUUGGUAUUAUGAGAGAAAAGGUUUUCAACAGAUAGAUUGUUCUUAUCCUUGUAACCCUACUUGUCAUAACCGUGUCUUUGAAUAG